AGGUGAACAUUCAACGAUUUAAACCUUUCUUGCAAAAAUUAUAAGCAAAUCAUAUAAUAAACAUGUCAGCUGAAGAAUUUAAAGCACAAGGAAACAAGUACUUUGCCGCUAAGGACUUUACUAGCGCUAUCGAAUAUUUCACCAAGGCGAUCGAAGCCUCUGAAACCCCAAACCAUGUGUUAUACUCUAACCGUUCUGCUUCUUAUGCUUCAUUGAAGAACUUCGGUAAGGCAUUGGAAGACGCUGAAGAAUGUGUUAAGGUCAACGGAACCUGGGCUAAGGGAUAUAACCGUGUAGGUGCUGCUCAAUAUGGAUUAGGCAAUUUUGAAGAUGCCAAGGCUUCUUACACCAAGGCAUUAGAACUUGAUUCCUCCAACGCUAUGGCCAAGGAAGGUCUUAAGGCUAUUGAAGACAUUGUUAAUGCUAGAUCUUCUCAACCAGAUGGUGGAUUAGGUGCUAUGUUUUCCGAUCCAAACUUGAUCUCUAAGUUGAAGAGUAAUCCUAAAACCGCUGAAAUGAUGAAGGAUCCUGAAUUGGUUGCUAAGGUGUUGAACAUGCAACAAAACCCACUGGCCAAUCCUACACAAUUACUUUCCGACCAAAGAAUGAUGACCAUUAUGGCCACUUUAAUGGGAAUUGACUUGGACAUGCCAGACAUGCCUAAGCCAGCAUCUGCUCCAAACUCCACCCCAGCCCCAGCUUCUUCCGAAGCUUCAAAGGAAACUCCAAAGGAAGCUCCUAAGCCUGCUUCUACCCCAGCUCCAAAGCCAGCUGCUCCAACUCCAAAGGAAGAAGAAGACCCUGAAGACGUUGUGAUGGAAGAAGCUUCUUCCAAGGAUGAAGCUGAUGCUUUCAAGGCUGAAGGUAACACCCUUUACAAGCAAAGAAAGUUCGAUGAAGCCAUUGCUCAAUACGAAAAGGCUUGGGAAACUCAUAAGGAUAUCACAUACUUGAACAACAGAGCAGCUGCUGAAUACGAAAAGGGUGACUAUGAUGCCGCCAUCAAGACCUGUGAAACUGCCAUUGAAGAAGGUCGUGAAGUUAGAGCCGAUUAUAAGAUCAUUGCCAAGUCAUUUGCUAGAUUAGGUAACUCUUACUUGAAGAAGAAUGACUUGGCCAGUGCUGCUAAGUACUUUGACAAGUCUUUGACUGAACAUAGAACUCCAGAUGUUUUGAACAAGUUGAGAGCCACUCAAAAGGAAAUGAAGGUGCAAGAAGCUUUGAGUUAUAUUGACCCAGAAAAGGCCGAAGAAGCCCGUUUAGAAGGUAAGGAACACUUCACCAAGGGUGACUGGCCAGCUGCUGUCAAGGCCUACGGUGAAAUGAUCAAGAGAGCCCCUGAAGAUGCUAGAGGUUACUCCAACAGAGCUGCCGCCUUAGCUAAGUUGAUGUCUUUCCCAGACGCUGUUAGAGAUUGUAACUCUGCUAUUGAAAAGGAUCCUAAAUUCAUCAGAGCUUACAUCAGAAAGGCCAAUGCACAAUUGGCCAUGAGAGAAUAUUCUCAAGUUAUGGAAACUUUGACAGUUGCCCGUGAAAAGGAUUCUGAAUUAGGAGGAAAGAGUGUCUCUGAAAUUGAUCAAUUGUACAACAAGGCUGUUUCACAAAGAUUCCAAGCCAUCGAAGGUGAAACAUCAGAACAAACCAUGGAAAGAGUUUCUAGAGAUCCUGAAAUCGUUCAAAUCUUGCAAGAUCCAGUCAUGCAAGGUAUCUUGGGUCAAGCUAGAGAAAACCCAGCUGCUUUACAAGAUCACAUGAGAAACCCAGAAGUCAGUAAGAAGAUUAACAUGUUGAUUGCUGCUGGUGUCAUCCGUACUAGAUAAGUUCAAUAAUAAAUGUAAAUACACGCUACGAAGUUAAAUAUUGUAAUUUUAUAUAUAACCAUAGAUUUGUACGUAUAUGCACAUGUUUGCAUAUA